GCCGCCGCCGCUGCCGCCGCCGCGCCGCGGUUUGAGGGCGGGAGGCUGGGGGAGGGUAGCGGAGCCGGCGACGACGCCAUGUUGGGUCUGAGGCGGCUCCUAUAGGCGCCGACAGAGCGAGCGAGCGGGCGGGCGGCGCAGCGACAGCGGUGUGGGAUCUGCCUCUGCGAGCGGCCCGGAGCGGCGGCGGCGCCAUGAGUGGGGGCACGCCUUACAUCGGGAGCAAGAUCAGCCUCAUUUCCAAGGCAGAGAUCCGCUACGAAGGCAUCCUCUAUACCAUCGACACCGAGAACUCUACUGUAGCCCUCGCCAAAGUUCGAUCCUUUGGUACAGAAGACAGACCAACAGAUCGUCCAAUACCACCUCGAGAUGAAGUCUUCGAAUACAUUAUAUUCCGUGGAAGUGAUAUUAAAGACCUCACUGUUUGUGAGCCACCAAAACCACAAUGUUCUUUGCCUCAGGACCCUGCUAUUGUUCAGUCUUCAUUAGGUUCAUCUACUUCUUCAUUCCAGUCAGUAGGUUCCUAUGGACCUUUUGGCAGGAUGCCUACAUACAGCCAAUUCAGUCCAAGUUCAUUGGUUGGGCAGCAGUUUGGUGCUGUUGGUGUUGCUGGAAGCUCCUUGACGUCCUUUGGAUCAGAAACGUCAAACAGCGGUACCUUAUCCCAAAAUAGUGCGGUUGGAUCUGCCUUUACACAGGAUACAAGAUCUAUAAAAACACAGUUAUCUCAAGGUCAUUCAAGCCCUCAGUUAGAUCCUUUGAGAAAAAGUCCAACCAUGGAGCAAGCAGUACAGACCGCCUCAGCCCACUUACCUGCUGCAGCACCUGUUGGGAGAAGGAGCCCUGUAUCAACCAGGCCUUUGCCAUCUACUAGCCAAAAAGCAAUAGAGAAUCAAGAGCACAGGCGAGCUGAAUUACACAAAGUUUCAAGACCAGAAAAUGAGCAACUCAGAAAUGAUAGCAAGAGACAAAUAGUUCCAGGUGCUCCUGCAACUCCAAGAAGAGGGCGUGGAGGUCAUCGAGGUGGCCGGGGACGGUUUGGUAUCCGGCGAGAUGGUCCAAUGAAAUUUGAGAAAGACUUUGAUUUUGAAAGUGCAAAUGCACAAUUUAACAAAGAGGAAAUUGACAGAGAAUUUCACAGUAAACUUAAAUUAAAAGAAGAUAAACUUGAGAAACAAGAAAAACCUGUAAAUGGCGAAGAUAAGGGAGACUCUGGAGUUGAUACCCAAAACAGUGAAGGAAAUGCUGAUGAAGAAGACCCACUUGGACCUAAUUGCUAUUAUGACAAAACUAAAUCCUUCUUUGAUAAUAUUUCUUGUGAUGAUAAUAGAGAACGGAGACCAACCUGGGCUGAAGAAAGGCGAUUAAAUGCUGAAACUUUUGGAAUUCCACUCCGUCCAAACCGUGGCCGUGGAGGGUAUAGAGGAGGCAGAGGAGGUCUUGGUUUCCGUGGUGGCAGAGGACGUGGUGGUGGCAGAGGUGGUACCUUUACUACUCCUCGAGGAUUUCGUGGUGGAUUCAGAGGAGGUCGUGGAGGAAGGGAGUUUGCAGAUUUUGAAUAUAGGAAAGACAACAGAGUUGCUGCAUAGUCUUCAAACAAGUCAUUGAAAGUGGGUGAAUUUGUAGCUCUUCAUGGUCCUGAAAAUUGGUUUCAGUCUUUGUGAAGAAUGAAGAAGUGAAUUUGCUGUAUAUUUGUCACCAGCACUGGGUUUUGUUUAUUUUUCUGCUUAAUUUCAGAGAUACAACACAGUUAACUUUUGGGGGGAGGAAGGCUCAUGUUUUAAAAUGAGCAUUAAAUGUAUUUGGAAUAGCAGAAGGUUAAGCAAUUUCUUAUGUAUAGUUAAACUAAAGCAGUACUCCAGUGGGACUUACAAGUAUUUUUUCAUCACUGAGAGGAUUUUUCUUAUCACUAAAUUGUAUUUGGCAAUUAUUGCAAGUUGCCUGCAAAUAGGGCCAUGAUACUGUGUUUUGAGCCACAGAAGGUUGUGCGCGUGUAUGUGUGUGUCUUUUUCUUUCUUUUUGGAAAUCCUGUAAUAUGAGGUAGUUUAUUUUGUCAAUUAAUUAGGGUGCUGGAUGGUAGAGAAUUUUGUUAGUCAACUAUGUACACACAGUAAAUACUGUUUCUUAGGCAAAGGUAACUUUUUUAUAUAGUUGUAAAAUUCCAUUAUAUUCCAUUGCCAAAGAAACAUUAAGAACUUUGUAUAGCUGUAUAAAAAGCAACUAAUUUUUUAAAGAAUAAACAUUUUAAAGUCAGCAAACAUACUGUGUCUUUGCAGAAGUUGAUAUGCUAAAGAGAAAGUUAUGGAUGGGUCUCUUUUUUUUUUUCUUAGCUUUCCAGGCUUAAGAUUUUUUAAUUUCAGUUUUUAAUGUUUUGAACAUAAAUGAAGAUUUGAUACAUUCUUCCAAAAGGGUAAAUUAUUCAUGCUCAGUGUAAGAACUUCAUUUUGUAGCAAAUGACAUAUCACAGGAUUUGUUAAAUAAUAGAUAUUUUCAGUAUAUGAAUGUAAAUAAUCAUAGAUAAGAAUGUACUUAGCUGUAUUUUCAAAUAAGUAACCCUCCCCCCUUUUUUAAGACACUGAAACUAGGCAUCAAUUAACCUGCUCUUCCUGGUAUACCUGAUAUUUUGUUACAAUGAUGAUUUCAUUCCAUUAUACUUCAGAAAGAUUCAGAGUGUUGAAAAUUAUUUUGGCAACCAUAAUCUAUAUCACGCAGUAACACUUUUCUUGGGCCUGUGACCCACAAAUGACUCAGAAUAGAGUUCAUUGCUAAUUAUAAAUUACUAAUCAAUCUUUUUGAAGUUUUAAGUAAUGGAAAAAAUUAGCCACUUUUGUGUUUUUAUGAAGCCCAUGUAAUAAAAGUAUCCAAAGAUUUAAA